GCGUCCCGGGCGGGGACGCGAACAGGUUCGCGCGGCUCGGGCCCCCUUCGCCCGCGCCCCAGGACCCGCCCCCGCGGCGGAGCGGCUUCUGUUUACUUUCGAUCGAGUUUUUCCUGCUCGAGGCAGGUGCCCAGGGCGGCUCGGGGCGGGCAGUUACGCACGGCGCCCCGCGCCCCUCUCCCCGCGCUGCCUGCCCCCGGGAAGGACGCGUCGGGCGGCCGGGGGCGAGCGGCGGCCGCGGCGUCUCCAGGCGCGCUCACGGGCGUCCCGUCUGUGCCCAGGUGAUGACGGCGGCGGCAUGGAGUUCCCGGAGCACGGCGGGCGGCUGCUGGGCCGCCUGAGGCAGCAGCGCGAGCUUGGCUUCCUGUGCGACUGCACCGUGCUGGUGGGCGACGCGCGCUUCCCGGCCCACCGCGCCGUGCUGGCCGCGUGCAGCGUCUACUUCCAUCUCUUCUACAGGGACCGACCCGCAGGCAGCCGCGACACGGUGCGGCUCAACGGCGACAUCGUCACGGCGCCCGCCUUCGGCCGUCUGCUGGACUUCAUGUACGAGGGCCGCCUGGACCUGCGCAGCCUGCCUGUCGAGGACGUUCUGGCCGCCGCCAGCUACCUGCACAUGUACGACAUCGUCCAGGUCUGCAAGGGCCGGCUCAGGGAGAAGGACCGCGCUCUGCAUCCGCAGACGCCCGCUCCUGGGGCAGAGCCGCCUGGCCAGCCCCCGUGCCCCCUGCCCGCCUGGACCCCUGAGCUCUGCCCAGCUGCCCAGAAGGCCAGGCUCCGUCGGGCUGGGGUCAAGGCUGCCCUCUCUCCGGGAGCACCGGCGCCUUGUUCCUGGCAGGCUCCAGGAGAGUCAGACCUGGCCCUGGACCUGUCGCUGAAGCCUGGCCUGAGGAGGAAGUCAGUCCACCCACCCUGCAUCCUCCAGACGCCCCCCAGCAGCCAGAUGCAGCCAGGGGCCCAGCCACUAGUGAAGGAUGAGCCAGACUCACUGUCGGAACAGGAGGACAGCAGUGGUCCUCGGAGCCCCCACAGCUCCCUGCAGCCGCCCUGUGUUCCCUCGGCCACGUGCCUGGCAGGGGGCUUGGAGCCGCCGCCUGUCAGCGUGGUGGGCAGCGGGGAGCUGCAGCUGGAUGCAGAGCGGGGAGUGAGCGGGGUGGAGCUGGGGCCUGGCGGGCACCUCUGCAUGUGCCCACUGUGCAGCAGGCUGUUCCCCAGCGCCCACGUGCUGCAGCUGCACCUCAGUGCCCACUUCCGUGAGCGGGACGGCGCCCGGGCCCGGCUCUCGCCCGACGGCGCCGUGCCCACCUGCCCGCUCUGCCGGAAGACCUUCUCCUGCACGUACACGCUGAAGAGACACGAGCGCACGCACUCUGGCGAGAAGCCCUACACGUGCGUGCAGUGCGGCAAGAGCUUCCAGUACUCGCAUAACCUGAGCCGCCACGCCGUGGUGCACACGCGCGAGAAGCCGCACGCCUGCCGCUGGUGUGAGCGCCGCUUCACGCAGUCCGGGGACCUCUACCGCCACGUCCGCAAGUUCCACUGUGGCCUGGUCAAGUCCCUGCUGGUGUGACGCCUCCCUGUGGGGCUGGGGGUGGGCGGGAGGGGCAAGACCUCCCCAGAGGGACACUGGGAUGGAGGGUGAGGGACCCAGAGCUCAGCCCUGUGG